UUUUAUUAUGAGUUUCUUUUAAUAAGACAUUUUUUAUAAACUAUGAGAUGUCAGGUUUAUUCUGUAUGAGGAGCAUCACAUAUGUCACUGAAUUAUUUUGUGUAUUCAGGACUCGUGUAUCCUAUUAGAGACAGACAUUUUCUCUCUUUCUGUUUGAAUUAUUACCUUGCUGCCAAGCAAUCAAACCGAAAAUAACGUGUCCGCAUCGAGGUUUAAAAAUAUUGUGGUGUUCCUUUAAUAAAUUAACGGUGCAUUGUGGGAUGUAAAAUGGCUCCAUGGUGUUGUCAGCAAACUAGCCCACCAGUCAACUCUUACAGCCUUAACGUUACAUUUACAAAUAAGUACCGUCGAUGAAGCAUUGCUAUUAAUUUCUGAAUAGUAGUAUAGAGAAUAUAGCUUUGAGAAUCAACAACUUUUAUUGCAUUCACCUCUUUUUUUUUCGUCGAAACAACAGCCACCAUGUCUGCCGAAGUAGACAAAGUGAGAAGUCAGUCCAGCACAAGAAGAGAUGAUAGAAGAAGUACUGAGUCCUCCACAAGAAGAGAUGACAUUAGAAGAGAUGACAAAAGAAGUACAGAGACUGCCAGAAGAAGAGAUGACAAAAGAAGUACUGAGACUUCCAGAAGAAGAUAUGACGGAAGAAGUACUGAGACUGCCACAAGAAGAGAUGACCGAAGAAGUACUGAGACUGCCACAAGAAGAGAUGACCGAAGAAGUACUGAGACCGCCAUAGGAAGAGAUGACAGAAGAACAACAAGUACAGGGAAAGAAAAAAUUAAAAGGAAAAGCCGCAGUAGAUCAUCUUCCUCCUCAUCCAGCUCAUCCUCAUCAUCGGGAUCCUCUUCAUCAUCCUCAUCCCGCUCCUCGUCUGGCAGUAGGAGUAGUUCGAGCAGCAGUGAUUCCCACAGCAAGUCCAGAAAGAAUUCUAAGAAAAGGAAAAAGGAAAAACAACUCAAAAAGAAAGGGAAAAGGGAGAAAAAGCUUAAACGGAAGAAGGACAAGAAAAUGAAGACGGAGGAGGAAAGCGCUGGACCUGGACCUAUUCAGAUAUCCAAGUAUUUAAAAGAGAGAAAGAGAAAAAGCAAGUUCAGCAUGAUUUCAGGAAAGAAGAUAAAAAUGAAAUUGAAGAAGUCAAAGAAAGACAAGCUGAGAGACAAGAAUCGCGCAGAACUGCUUGAAUUCCUCAACUCCACGUUGUAAUGCAUGGACCGUCACUGUUAGUUGCGUUCCAGAAUCUUCCACUUUUUUCCAGAACAGAACUCAGGGAAGGAACCCAUGUGAUAAAGCUCCAAAAGAAAAUAAAUUUUUAGGUUUAUUAUCACAGGAAGAGAUUGGGGAUAUGGCCCAGGUUGUUUGAAAAUGUCAGUAAAAGCCAUGUCUCGGAAUUUGACUUCAUGCUGUCACUUGGUUGCCGGCGCCUUUCUGCAGACUAUUUGUAACCGAUGUCUCUGUUUUGAUUUUUAGAACUGUCAUUUUUACUAUAAUAUUGAAGGAGCCAGUCGCUGACUUUUUGUCUAUAUGUUUGCUAAGCAAGAUAGUGUUGCUGUGGUGGAAUACUGUCAUCCGCAAAGAUCUUAGUGAUGAACAACCUACCCGAGUUCAAAUUGUAUUUGUUUUCUUUGGGAUUGAUCAAAGGGGCAAUCUGCUGUUGCUAAAUCAAUUUUUAGAUUUAAAUGAAUGAUAUACUCGUUUAUUCUCGAAGGUAUCUAUAAAAGUUAUAUUCUAACUGUCGUACCCCACCAGGACCCAAAAUAUAAGCUUGUUUUAAAUGUAAACAAACACUAUAUAGCCUUUAAACAUAGUUUUAACCAUCAUUUGGCUGUCAUGGAUGGUCAGUCCUUGUUUUCAUAGCUCUGUCCAUGAGUUUGUUAUCCAAUUUCUCCAGCCCCAUAGCUGAGCUAUGUACCUAAUCAAUGGCAGGGUGUCUGCUUUGUUAUUGUUUUGAACUGCAUAUUUCCCCCUUUAAGCAUGCCUGGCACAAUGGAACAAAGGAAAAGUGCCAACUCUGUCCAUUUUUCUCUCCAGGCAGGCUCAAAGUAUUUGAAAUCAAAUACUAUUUGAACCCAGAUGUGAUGAACAAAGAUUUGUGUAAGCUUCAUUGUAGUGUAAUCUGUCAAAUAAAACACCAGUCUGGCAUUGCAUUGUUUGAUGAUCUAUGUUUUAAAGAACGGACAAAACUGUCCUGCAGCUAACUCUUGACUGUAUCCCCUGGAGUUUUAUUUCUUUAAUGGUUGGUGUUUAAGACAUAUUUAUAUCAGAGUCAUCUAUAGAAUGUACAAAUCUGAGACCCGUAACUGGAUGUCAUCCCAUGUAAAUCAAAUGUAUUUUGGAUGAGCGUUAUACUUUGUGAAGGCAACUUGACUUGUGACAGUCCACUCAAUACAACAGCUCUUUUCUCAACAGCAAUAAACUGCUGCUGUUAUACUCUACAGUAGUGAUGUGCAAUGUC